UCCCCCACUUACAUAUGGGACAGUGGCUCGCUCGAUCCAGGUGGCUUCAGCUCAAGAAUGCUUCUAGACUUUUUGGAAACAGGCUGAACUUUUAUUAUAUGCGUAGAACAUCGAAUGGUUCAAUGCAUGGAAAUCCCUCAUACUUCAGACAAACAUAGAAAAAAUUAUAAAGACCUACAACUUCUAUAUAGCAGGUAUAGUGAACUUGGCUGGUCCAUAUUUGGAACCGAAGCCUCUCGAGUCUUGAUCUAUUUCAGUAGUAGUGUCCCAGCUUAAAUCCUUGGAUAGUAGUGGGGCAAGGCCUCUUUGUCGCGAUCAUCUCUCUGACCCAUUUUCCCUCCUCUGUGCUUUGAUCCUACAACACGAUGCCCAAGACGGCGAACGGUAUUGCCAGCAGCAGCAACAGGAGCAGCACUAAUACCAGACCGACCGACUAUUGGAAGGCAUGGAACAAUGGAAUUCUUCGAGAACCAAGUUGGCGAGGUGCGAUAUUUGACGACUCUGGCUGAGACCCCUGGCUCCCUACCUCCCAUGUCACCCGGCUCCCAACAGUCGCACAAUAACAGCAUUACACCAACUGCCGGCGCAAAGAGAAAGAAUAGCCUAGAUGGAUCACCAAGUUCGAAGGGGCCCCCACAGCAAAGAAGCAAGAGGAACAGAUACAUCUCCAUUGCUUGUAAUGAGUGCAAGAGACGCAAGAUCAAAUGCAAUGGCGAAACACCAUGUCAAAGAUGCGGCAACCUCAACCUCCAUUGCCUUUACGCGCCCAAUUGCUGCUCCAACUCCUUCCGGGACUCGGAUGAAUUCAAGCAGAUGACCAACAAGGUCAAUCAACUACAAGAGCAAGUCGACGCGCUAUUCGCAAACAUGACGUCCCUUAGAUCCGAAGCCUUACGACUAGCCCCUAUCCAAGACCGACCACCCGCUUUACCGUCGGCCUCGAGUGCUUCGUCCAUCUCUUCGAUUCCAUCGAUCACGCCCGUAAACAGGAUAGCCGAACUACCCCAUGUCCGGCAAUCCGGCUUCCACGGACCUACGAGCACUCGCUUCAAUCUGGAUAUCGCCAAGAACACCUUACAGAAGAUGGGCUAUACGAAUGUCAUGCCUGAUGGCGGGGAGCUUGAUGAACUCACCCAAGAAAGUCCGGCCCCAUCUCCGAAUAUGAAUGCGCAGACGAGUGCAAACCCCAAUAGCGCCCAUAGGGAUCCAAUAUGGGACUUUGAUAAGGAUGAACUGAUACGGCUAUGCCGUCUAUAUGACGAAGAGAUCGGUCUCAUGUAUCCGGUGGUCAAGGUUGAGGCGGUUAUCCAUCAUGCAAGAACCCUGUCAUCGUGGAUGGAGGCGUCGAAGAAACACCAUUUUGACCCCUUGUACGGCGAUGAUGGCGAGAUCAAGGGCCGCAAUACGAUAUUGCUGAAGAUGGUGGUGUGCUGCGCCUUACAGGUCGAGGAACAUGGAAAUAGCGAGAAAGCUCAGAGACUUCUUCGUAGCGCUAUACCGAUCACCAACAGCAUGCUCAUGACUGAGCCGAGUGAAGUGGACAAUAUUCCCAUUCUAGCUCUUGUGGCUGGUUAUCACUUCCUCGCCAACGAUGAAAUCCUGGCCUGGCGGACUAUGGGUCAGGUAACGCGCCUCUGCUUUGAGUUGGGGCUUCAUCGGCGCGAGGCAAUCCAGCGAUUCCCCACCGAGGAAGAGAGGAAUACCGCAAUAAACACGUUCUGGUCGGCGUUUGUGUUGGACCGUCGGUGGGCGUUUGGGACUGGAUUGCCGUUCACAAUUCAGGAUGAAGAGGUCGACCCUCAAUUACCGUAUCCUAAAUCCCACCCCUAUUUAGUCGCCAUGAUCGAUUACUCGAAGCUGAGCGCAAAAGUAUGGCGCCUCGUUCGGCAUUUCGAGCCUAACACCACGCUAGAACUCCGACCGGACAACAUGGAGACAAUCGACCGGCAAAUCAAGCAAUGGUAUGCCGAUGUGCCCCCAGAGACCCAGCUGGAGCUUUCCGACUGGGAGGCCAUGCCCGCAUACUUAAACCCCCCUAUCCAUUCCCACAAGGAAUACGACAUCCAACGACUGCAGAUAUGGACGUACCUCCGCUUCAACCAGAUCCGCACGUGGCUGUACACGCCCAUCCUGCACCGGCACAGCAGCAUCAUGGAGAACCUCGCGUUCGCCGAGCGCGUCGUCAAGCUAGCCAAGAACACGAUCUGCUACCUAUCGCACCUGAACAACACGACGAACAUCUACCGCAAGAUCCAGAUCUUCUACCACCAGUUCCUGCUAUCCGCCAUCUCGGUGCUCUUCCUCGCGUCCUGCCACGCGCCCGUCAACUUCAGCUCCUCGUGCCGCCACGAGUUCUACCUCGCGCUCGAGCUCGUCAAGGACAUGUCCUCCAAGUCCUGGGUCUCCCAGCGGCUCUGGGGCACCAUCAAGUCGCUGCGCGAGGUCGCGCCUCGUUUAGGGCUCGACCAGGACCCGCACUCGACGGCGGCGCUGACGAUGGCAGGCUUAGCGACGGGGCAGAUGGUCGCGACGCCGCCGCUGCCCUCGGGAUACCAGUCCCAUCCGUCGCCUGUUGUUGCGGCGGCGACGCCCUCAGCGCCGGCACCAACACAACCACCGCCGGCGUUUAAUAGCGCGCAGACGGGGCAGCAGAUCUCGACGGAGAUGUCGCGGAUCUUCGAGGGGUACUUGGGGAAGAACACGAGUCCCGGUGGUGGACCGCUGCCGCCGUCGAGUAGCACGCCGCCUGUGGGCGAUGGCACGGGCGCGGGCCUGCCGUACGGCAGUAUGGGGGUGAAUGUGUACCAGCACUUUAAAGACUUGUUUUGAGGAGUUGGGUUCUUGAAUACCUAGGUAACUAUAGCAAGCGAGCGAGCGAGCAAUUAUAUUAAUAUCACUAGGGUACUGUGUAUAGCGGAAAUGGGGUACGCGAGAAGGAUUUUUGGAUGUCUAUUGGCGAGACGAGACGAGUUGAACGGAGUAAACACGUUUAACUAACUAGACUUAUACAUAGGUAGGUAUAUAUCCCAUGAAUGUAUGUACGUAUUCACGUAUUUCUUUCUUUUAUAGAUGUUUAUAUUCGGAAUCGAGUAGAUAGUUGCGUCUUGCGAUAAAUACCCCAUACUAUUAUAUACCUACCUACCUUCAUUACACG